UCUACUCGCAGGGAGAGAGAGAGAGAAAGAGAGAGAGAGAGAUAUGGGCAAUAGAAACCCUGAUGUGGAUUCUCCCGCAACAAAUGGAGGAGAUGGAAAGUACAGCUACAGCAAAAAUUCCCAAUACCAGAAAUUGGCUACUAACGUCUUGAGCGAAAAACUUGAUGCCGCUAUAAUGGAGAAAUUCGACAUUGCAAGUCUCUCCUCUCCUUCCCAUGCAAUCCAACUCGCUGACCUGGGAUGUGCCUCCGGUCCAAACACGUUCAUAGCGAUGCAAAACAUCGUAGAAAUCUUGCAAAGGAAGUUCAAAUCUCAAUGCCCUAAUUCUCGAAGCUUGCCCGAGUUCCACGUGUUCUUCAACGACAAGAUCUCGAAUGACUUCAACACCCUCUUCGUGACCCUCCCAUCUAAUAAACCCUACUUUGCAGCAGGUGUUCCUGGCUCUUUCCACUCCAGAUUGUUCCCCAACGCCUCCCUUCACUUCGUGUACUCCUCGAUCGCGCUGCACUGGCUCUCCAAGGUCCCGGAGAAGGUGACGGACCGGAACUUGGCAGCAUGGAACAAAGGUAGGGUUCACUACACUAGUGCCCCAGGAGAAGUGGUUGAAGCUUACGCAGAGCAGUUUGCAAAGGAUAUGGGGGAGUUUUUGAGGACCAGGGCUGAGGAAGUAGUGAGCGGAGGGAUGGUGGUGAUUAUCAUGCCGGGAAUUCCGCAUGGUAUGCCUCAUCGGCGAGUUCCAAGCGGGCUUAUGUAUGAUCUCAUGGCUUCUAGUCUCGUGGACAUGGUGAAUGAAGGUCUACUCAAUGAAGAUGAAGUGGAUUCCUUCAACUUGCCACUGUAUGCACCCUCACCGGAAGAGAUGACUAUGCUAGUGACUGAAAAUGGCGAUUUCACCAUUGAAGCGAUGGAACUAACAAACCCAUCGCCCAACACGAAAGGCCCCAUCAACGUCCGCGGAUGGAUGGUGCACGUGAGGGCAGCAAUGGAAGGUAUGCUUGCGAAGCACUUCGACAAGGACAGAAUCGACGAGUUGUUCGAUCGAUUGGUUCGGAAGCUGUCCGAUGAGUGUUCUCAAGAACUUGAAUCAUGCUACACAGAAGGCAUUCAACUCUUCCUCAUUUUGAAACGCAGAUAAAGCAUCGACAAUGAUCGAUGGGUAGUUGCUGGCGCGCUUACGAAAGUUGAUUGCCCGCUCUUUGUCCGAUUGUAGUUGAUUCCCUCCGCUUGUCUUUUAUUCCCUACUCAAGAUUUGCUUGCAUAAAAUGUUUGUCUUGUACUAGAGGGUGGUGCUUUAUUUCUUCUUUCUAGUUUUUAU